UGUAUAUUGGUCCAGACAAUUAUUAAGAUCUGAGAAAGAGAGAAAGAGAGAUUAAGCUGUAAUAUGACUCCAUUGAAUAUGCUUAUACUGCAUAUGCUAUAGGUGUGUGUGUGGAUUUCUUUAGAUAUUGUUUUCAUGUGUAUAUAUAUUGGUCUGGACAAUCUACAUAGCAAACAUUUUUAAGAUCUGACAAUUUGAACAUAUAUUCACAUGAAAUUAUAAAAAACAGUAACCCAAUGUGUCCAAAGACUGAAUAUAGUACAACAUCAAAACAAAAACUCCCAUUGUAGACAAGUGCUUUGGCCGAUUGAAAACAUGUCUUCAGAUUUGUCCAUCAGUAAGCUCAGAGAACAUGUGUGCCAACAUAAAUUAUAAAUUUCCAUUAUGGACAUGAAUGAGAUAAAGUCAGCGAUGCUUGUUAAAACAUCUGUGAUUAAUUUUGUUUCAUGUUAGUCCUACUGUUGUUGUGAAAUAGACAUGGUAGGCUUUGGCUCCAUCACACAGGCACCCUGUCCCUUUUGGAUCAAUUUCAAAGUGUAAGUAUUUUCUUGCUGAGGGGCCAAUUGAAAGGUCUAUAUGCUUUUAUUUUUUAUUUAUAAAAGGUAGGCCUAUGACCACUUUAUUGUGCUCUACAAUUUAAAACCAGCAUAAUGGUUGUUUUUAAGGAUUAUAAACUCAACACAAUGUGGACUAGAUGUUCUGUUCCCGUAUGAGACUAAACAAACCAAUGUAUUUCCUUCCUUCAAUGAUAAACUACCAGACCAGGAUGCAGGGGUCAGCAGUGUAAAAUGGCACCCAUGGAGCUCCACCUCUUUACUCAUCCCAAUGGACAUAUACCAUUGCUCAAUGGGUUGACAGUGAGGCUUGGGGGGUAGACAUUAGCUAAGCAGCACUGUGGUAGGGACUUUGGGGAUAGGCUGAUGAGAGAGAAGGUGACUACAGACAUGCAGACAAGGCUGACUACAGACAUGCACACUCUGUACCAGCACACGAGAACAGUUGAACGGACAUCAUGGAGCAGCCCUUGGCACCUGGCUUGUUUACUGGGCAUACUCAGCUUCCUGGGGUCGGUCACACCCCUCCAUGUAGCUCCUGUGACGAUGGGCCUCCGCUCCUCCUUCUCGGCCACACGGACCAAUAGCAUUCUAGGAGGCACCCAGAAGGCUGUGACCUUCAACAGGCUCCUGGUCAACGCAGGAAGUGACUUCAACCCAGAUACCGGCCACUUCCGCUGCAGAAUCCCUGGGGCUUAUUACUUCUCUUUCACAGUGGGGAAAUAUCCCGAGAAGAUGCUAUCUGUCAUACUGGUGAAGAAUGGGCAGGAGGUGCAGGCUAUGGCCUACGAUGACUACAAAAAGAAAGGGCGGAAGGUCCAGAGUCAAAGUGUCAUGAUCAGCCUGAGGGCUAUGGACACAGUGUGGCUGAUGCUGCAGGACAGUCCUCAGCAUGCUCUCUACAGCACCGCUGGCCCUUACAUUACCUUCACCGGUUACCUGGUGUACCCUGACAUCCCCGCACCUGGCUAUCUCAACAACCACCUGUCCCUGCCAGGGCAGCUUUACCCCAACCCCAACUGCCUUCCUCCUGGAGACCACAGGCAUGGCUUGAGCGGUAGUGCUAAGGCCCCUGAAGAGCCUCGCUCUGCCUUUUCCGUGGCCAGGACAUCCCCGGUCCUGGGGGAGAAUGGUGGCGGGCACCAAGAGAAGGAGCCUCUGACCUUCGACGUGGAGUACGUCAACAUCGGAGCACACUUCAACAAGACGUCGGGCCGCUUCACCUGCCGCUACCCUGGGGCCUACUACUUUGCCUUCACGGUGGGGAAGCAUCCGCACAGGGCAGUGUCAGUCAAGCUGAUGACGGGCCAUGGCGAGGUGCAGGCCAUGGUGUUCGACGAGGACAUGUCCAGAAGGAGGGAGAUGCAGAGCCAGAGUCUGCUGCUGCCACUGCGUAGAGGGGACACUGUGUGGCUCUACAGCCAGCAGGAUGAGCGCUAUGCCAUCUACAGCAACCAGGGACGCUACACCACCUUCUCAGGCUUCCUGGUCUACCCAGACGCUGAGCCCACCACCACAGCCAGCCAGGACUAGGACUAGGACAGAACUCAAGUCUGAGAGCUCUGAGUUCUUCAAAACACACUGGACCCUCCUUCAAAUGUACAUGGUGCUAUGGUUACAAAACCAAAGUUGAGAAAGUGUGAAUGCUUUAUAGGCUUUGUGUAGAACCGCUGCAGUCACUUUCUGGGUGUGGAUUGAACAACAGCAGCAGCUGUCGUUGAAAAAUGGGGCAAAGAUGUACAUAUCUUAUUCACAGAUACACAUUUGUUUGCUCUUCUAUUGAUUAAAUAGCCAUUUUCUUUGAAGUGUUAUACCAUUCCACAAGAUGGUGUUGUGAGUCAUUUUUUGUUGUUGAUACAUCGACAAGCUUAUGACAUUAUCACACAUAAUCAUGUAAUGUUUCUUAUUAUAAGCACAUUUUCUGUAAAACGAUGGAAAAUGUUAUGUUUUGUGUUUGGCUGCGUUAAACCAAAGUUAUAGGCAAUAUGUUAGUAUAUGAUGCUGGACCAUCAGGAUUCCUUGGACACCUCAUGAAUCUCAUUGACUUUUUUUUCUCAUUCACCAAAGACUAUGAGUUAUAAUAAGUAGAGCUUUCCUUUGUAAUCUUUAUAUAUACAGACAUUUUUUAGUGACAGAAUUAUAUAUCCUUACUGAGCAGAUGUUUAUGCAAGUCUCAGAACGACUCAUAAAACCCUUUAAUACUUUAACUUCUGUAGUGAUUGCACUGAGUAGAGACUAUUGUGUAAAUAUUGUAUAGUUUGCCUGACUGACUGUAUGGAGUUAGAUAACCUGAAUGUGAUGUAGUUAUGAAUGUUUGAUGUAUUCUGGAUACAUAGUGAAAUAAUAUUGAUUAAAGGUCAUUUUACAAGAUUA